AUGGUCGAUCACGAAGCAUAUACGGUCGGGUGGAUUUGCGCUCUGGCAGUCGAGUACGUCGCUGCUCGCGCUUGUCUCGAUCACAGGCACCCCAGGCCAGAUGCGCUGUCCGCCAACGACAACAAUCAAUAUACUCUCGGUGACAUUGGGGGACACCUGGUUGUCAUUGCCGUUCUCCCCGACGGGGAAUAUGGUGUGUCAACGGCUGCCGCUGUUGCUCGCGAUAUGCUGCAUAGCUUCCCCAACAUUCGGUUUGGUCUAAUGGUGGGCAUUGGGGGCGGCGCACCCACUCCAAAGCAAGACAUCCGCCUGGGGGACGUCGUUGUGAGCUCGUCCCGCGGCGGUAAUCAUGGUGGCCUGCUUUCUUACGACCUGGGCAAGGAGCGGCAGGGCCAGCAAUUUCUCCCGACAGGCUUUCUCAACCGCGCGCCCCCUAUCUUGCGCGGGGCAGUGACUGGGCUUCAGGCACAAUAUGAAGAAGAAGGCAACCAGCUAGAUGUCAAGGUCCGGGCAAUUCUCGAGGGCAAUGGUCGUAUGGCACGCAAGUAUGCACGUCCUGCCAUUCACACCGACCGGUUGUAUGAAAAGACCUUCGUUCAUUGUGAGAGUCAAAGAAGCUGCAACGAGCUCUGUGGCGAUGAACAGCUGGUCCGUCGGAUGAAAAGAGCGGGCGACGAGGAUGACCCUGCCGUACACUAUGGCCUGAUUGCGUCCGGCAGCAGUCUUGUCCGCAACGCUCUUUUUCGUGAUGACAUGGCCACAAAGAAAGGGAUUCUGUGCUUUGAGAUGGAAGCCGCUGGACUUGCCAACCACUUUCCCUGCCUGGUAGUCCGUGGAAUCUGUGACUACGCAGACUCCCACAAGAACAAAGAGUGGCAAGGAUUCGCAGCUAUGACAGCGGCGGCGUAUGCAAAAGACCUCUUGUCUCACAUCGUGGUCCAGCGCGUCAGAGCUGAACAAAAGGCGACAGAGAUCCUGGGUGCCUUCGAAGCUCAGAUUGAUAAACUAUCGGAAGGCAUUGACAAUAUUCAGACCGUUAUGGACAGCUCCGCCAGGGACGUUGAAAAGGCAACCCAGGCUGCUGAACUGCAGAAACUUCCUGUCGCAGAGGGCGCUGAGUUUGGGUCAUACAUGGAUCAACACGAGACAGAAUGCCUCCCUGGCACGAGAACUGAGCUGCUCCACGACAUUGCAGAAUGGGCCCGAUCGCCGGAUGGCAAGUGCAUCUUCUGGCUGUACGGACUGGCUGGGACCGGCAAGUCCACAGUGUCACGCUCCACCGCGAGCCUCUUCAAGAAAGACCGACUGCUGGCGGCGAGCUUCUUCUUCAAGCGAGGAGAAGGUGACCGUGGAAAUGCCACUCGGUUCUUUUCGACAAUCGUCCGCCAGCUGGCCAACGUCCCCGAACUGCACGAUGCUAUAGUCCACGCAAUAAGGAAUGCUCCUGGAAUAACUACCAAGACUUUCGAACAGCAGUUCAGCAAGCUGAUCUACGGACCUCUCUCUACCUUGAAAUUGGAGCGCAAGAGAAUACUGCUCAUUGUCAUCGACGCUCUCGAUGAGUGCGAGAAUGACAAGGAUAUCCGCCUCAUCCUGCAUCUCCUGCCACGCGUCCAGGCAAUCAGCUCGUUGCAGCUGCGCAUCUUCGUUACCAGUCGACCAGAGCUGCCUGUCCAGGUCGGUUUUCGGGCCGUUGUUCUCGAGAACAAAAUGCAGGACCUUGCCCUCCAUGACGUUGCGAGGCCCAUUAUCGAGCAUGACAUUGCCUUGUUUUUGCGACACAACUUGGCCAUCAUCCGAGAGACACGUUUGCUACCCCCAGAAUGGCCAGGAGAUGCUACGUUUCAGAUUCUGGUAGAUAUGUCCGUUCCUCUGUUCAUCUUUGCAGCUACCGUCUGUCGUCUCCUCGAGGAUCACUAUCUGGACCCCGUGCAAUGCCUGGACGACCUUCUCCAGUACAGGAAUAUGGAAUCACGACUAGAUGGCACGUAUCGACCAGUGUUGGAUCGACUUCUUGCGUCGUACAGUGGCUCUCGGCGACAACAGUUGGUUGGAGAGUUUCGAGAGAUCGUUGGUAUAAUUAUCCUGCUCGAGAGCCCGCUCUCCGUUGAAUCACUGUCAAGACUAACGAGUAUCCCGGCAAGAUCCAUCAGCGCCAGACUCGCCUCUCUGCACUCGGUCCUAGACAUUCCACCUGAUGACACUAUGCCGAUCAGGCUCUUCCAUCUAUCAUUCCGGGAUUUCCUUGUGGAUACCGACACGCGUGAGAAAACACCCCUUUGGGUUGAUGAGGGCAGUACAAACACAAGAAUUACUGGCUACUGCAUUGGUGUCAUGGAAAGAACGCUGAGGAAGAACAUCUGCCAGCUUGAAAGCUAUGGGACAGAGCGCAAAGAUAUUAGCAUCCAUUUGAUCCGCGAGUCUUUGCCACGAGAGCUGCAGUAUUCCUGUCGAUACUGGACCCACCACCUCGUAAAAAGCUCACCAGACCUAGAGCACAACUUGAUUGACCGUGUUGUGGCUUUCCUCGAGCUUCACUUUCUUCAUUGGGUGGAGGCGAUGGCUUUGCUAGGCCUGAUAUCCGAGGUUUUGGAGGGUAUUGAUGCUUUGAUGACAGCCAAAUCAGGCUGUGAAACGGACGGGCUGCAAGAGUUCCUUCAUGACGCAAAGCGGUUUACUCUGAAGAACAGCCGGAUAGCCGAGGUGGCGCCUCUUCAGAUCUAUUCCUCCGGGCUUCUCUUUGCACCGCUGAAGACAAUCAUACGGACAAAGUUUGUGGACAAUCUCGCCGAGUACCCCAGUUGGAUAUCCGGGCUACCACAAGUUGCGCAAACGUGGGGCCCCGAGUUACAGACUCUAGGAGCGCAACCAGAGGCUCUCGUCCGUUGCAUUGCCAUGUCUCGAGAUGGCCGCCAGCUAGCAUCCUGCCAUUCAAAUCGCACUGUUCAGACCUGGAACCCGACAACUGGUGCCCCAAAGCACAGCUUCGGCACUAGUAACAAGUUGGAUCAAAUUGCCCUUUCUCCCAACGGCCACCUUCUGGCUUCGGUGGCCAGUAACGAUGGAGGCUUCGGUCUCUGGGACCCGACAACCGGCACCCGCUUGCAGACAAUUCUAGACGAGGCGUCGGUGGUUUCUGCAGUCUCCUUCUCCGCUGAUGGCUCCUCCCUCGGAGCUGGACAUGCCGACGGGAAGAUCAAGCUCUGGGACACCAGUAGUAGUGUGCUCAAGAAGACAUACAGUCGGCAUGCAGCCAAGAUCACGUCUCUUGGCUUCUCGCAGGACGGCACGCUACUCGCUGCGACCUCUGAAUAUGUAUAUGGCUCUCUGAACCCCACUGUCAUGGUCUGGGAUACCACCGGCGGUGGCUUAAAAUGUGUAUUUGGACAGGCGCGUACAGCCUAUUCAGUUGCUUUCUCUCCAAGCGUCCAGCUGCUUGCUGCGGCUUUCACUUACGAGAACCUGGUCGAAAUAUGGGAUCCUCGCUCUGGUGAAAAGAGGUACACAAUCGCCGUUGCACGACCUCGCGCCUUGGCUUUCUCCCCAGACGGCCAGCUGCUGGCAUGUAGCUGCGGGGCAAACAUAGAGAUUUUGUCUACAUCCGUAAUGAAGCACCAACGCAGUCUGUGUGGGCACACGUCCCCAGUUGAGUCGAUUUUAUUCGGCGCAGAUGGUGGCCUACUUGUUUCUUGCGCUGACGAAGAGAUCAAACUCUGGAACCCCACUGUUGAUAUUGAAGAAGGGUUAGACGAUACUUCAUCCCAUGGAACCAAGACUCUACGGUUCGUGUGCUCUGCGGACGGGCAAUCCCUGGCAGUGGGGCGUGGAAUGUAUAUCGAGGUCUACGACUCUUGUGAUGGCUCAAUGAAGGGCAGGUUUGAAGAAGACACGUCCCCAUAUGACCUGCAUAUCUCUUCCACCGGGAGAAUCCUGUUAUCUGCCUCCGCCCAAAAGAUCAAGGUCUGGGACGUCAACAGCAGGUGGCUAAAGUAUUGCAUUGACCAUCAGUUUCCCCGAGGCAGGAGGGCCCUUGCGUUGUCGUCAACGUCUAAACUGAUAGCCUAUACCUGUGCGGACCAUUCCAUCCACGUCAGGUACCUCGAUAAUAUGGCGCCCAAAGGUCUCCUCAAAUCAGCCAUAGCCAGCUCGCAGGACGUCUCUCUCCUCACCUUUUCGCCCGACGACCAGCUGUUAGCGGCAACCUCCGACAACGAGAUCCAACUUUGGGACCUCACAACUGGCCAGCCGAAACAGACCUUCCAAACGGCCGGGCAUGCUGAGAACGCCGAAUUUGCCAUCGACCCUGAGACUGGCCGGCCGUGCCUUGUCACAAACCUCGGCUCGUUUGAGAUCGAUCUCCGCUAUCCCUAUCCAUCCAGGCAGGAUCGGAUGCGCCAGAAACACCAGGGCAGGGGCAAAGGCAAUGUCAUCGCAUCCACAUCUAUAGAUCCAGAGGCAUGGAACCUGGCUCGCUUACAGAGCAAGUCUCUUCUAUCCCUAGAGGGAAGCCAGUGGGUGAAGAUCCGCGGGAAGAAGGAACUGUGGUUCCCUGAUGAGUAUAGGCCACAGUUCGCUGAGAUCAGGGGCGAUAUGCUGGCGCUUUGUUGUGCGAAUGAGCGCAUCAUGUCAAUUGGCUUCGCUCUCAAUUAA